UCUACAGGAUCAAAUCUUCAUUUCGUUGCAAGUUCUGAAAUUGUAAAAGAACUCAUAGAACCCUUGACAGUCAAAUGUUCUUUUCCGGCUUCAAACGAUAGUUCUUAUCAAGAUUCAGUUCUUCAAUUCAUGUACAUACUUCACGAGACCAAUGGAGUUAUUACGACUAUAUCUAGAGAUCAACCUGUUACCAAAUCUGGACAAAACCUGAGCUCCUAUAAAAUACAAGGCGAACUCUAUCACAACUUGUCUAAAGAUUCCUAUCUUCAAGUCACAUGGCAAAAUGUGAAAUUGUUUGACUCUGGAAAAUAUUUUUGCGGUGCCCAUGUCAACUAUGUACUCGGACAAAAAGACAGAUUUCAGGAGCAGUUAGUCAUUUCUGUACAAAGACCAAUUUUGGAUGAUUUGGUCAAAGUUGUUCAUGAUUUGCAGAGAGAAGUUGGUGAAGAAAAACAGAGGCGAGAGAUUAGCGAACGAAACAUAAUGAAUAUUCAUGAGCAAAACAUCGAAAUUGUUAAAGAAGACAUGAAAAUUAAUCAACAAAACAUAAAAAAUGUUAAAGAAGAUGUGAAAAUCAAUCAACAAAACAUCGAAAAUGUUAAAGAAGAUGUGAAAAUCAAUCAACAAAACAUCGAAAAAAAUAAAGAAGAUGUCAAAAUCAAUCAACAAAAGAUCGAAAAUAUUAAAGAAGACCUAAAAAUCAAUCAACCAAAAUUCGAAAAUGUUAAAAAAGAUGUGAAAAUCAAUCAAGAUAACAUCGAAAAUAUUAGGGAAGAAGUAAAAAUCAAUCAACAAAACCUUACCCGUUUGAAAGAGACAAUAGAUUUAUUACAAUAUAAUCUUUCCAAUUAUGAAGGAAAAACAAAUUACACAUCUCUAUUACAAGAAAUCCAGAAUACUUUAAUACCGCAGUCAUGUCGUGGCAUCAUCUAUAUAAAAGAACGCGUGGAGGUGACAUUAGCUUCCGGGUUAAAGGUCAUGUGUGACACAAAGACAGACGGCGGUGGAUGGAUCAUCUUUCAGAGAAGAAUCAACGGAAAAGUAGAUUUCUAUAGAGGCUGGCAGGAGUAUCGUGACGGCUUUGGAGAUUACAACAUUGGUGAAUUUUAUUUGGGAAAUGAAAAUAUUUUUAGUUUAACUUCUACUGGACAAUAUGAUUUAAGAAUAGAUUUAGAAUUUAACAAUACAAAAUAUUUUGCGCAAUACAAAGACUUUAAAAUAUUGAGUGAGACUGAGAAAUAUAAACUACAUAUAGGAAAAUAUUCAGGAAAUGCUGGUGAUAGUUUAUCAGGUCAUAACAACAUGUUCUUUACGACUUUUGAUAGAGAUAACGAUGAACAAAGUGGCUUAAACUGUGCAGAACGUUGUUCAGGUGCCUGGUGGUAUAUAAACUGUCAUUAUUCUAAUCUAAAUGGUCUAUGGGGAAGUACAUUAAGUUACAAGGGAAUGAACUGGUAUGAAUUAACUGGAUGGUCUAACAGUGUUUCUUUUAGCGAGAUGAAAAUAAGAGAAAGAAAAUAAAACGAACAUUUGGAUCAACAGUCAUACCCCAGAGAAUAAAAGAGACGCCCCUCCCUUCCCAAUAAAAAAAAUACAUUAAGAGAUACUAAAAUGAAUUUUGUGAAAAAAAAAAAGAAUUUAAAAUAAAGCAAUUCUUAGUUUUGAA